UUCAGAAGAAGUUCUAAGUCAUGGCGAGAGGGUCUAACAAUUAAUGGCAGACUAGUCUUGGUUGAGACUUUCUAAGUUUGGUCACACGCGUACAAAGCAGACCGGCGUUCAUGCUUUUGGUCUACAUUGGUGCUCGCCAUCAUCUCCUUCUUCUUCCAUGUCAACCCUGCGUUUACGUUAGCUCUCUCUAUAUAGGCUUACAACCCUCUCGUAUAUCUCAUCACUCAAAGCAUUAAAAAUUAACAUUGAGAUAUAGCUAGAGAGAUAGUACAGUUGCGAGAGAUCAAUGGCAAGGUUCAUGUGCAUGGCUGUUGUUGGUAUCGUGGCCGCGGUGUCUCUAAUGCAAUGCGCGGCGGCGCAAACGGUGCAUGUGGUGGGGGGCGACAUGGGAUGGACCGUUCCCCAGAAUGGUGCCGCCGCAUACAGCACUUGGGCGGCUGGUAAGAGGUUCAUGGUUGGAGAUAUUUUGGAGUUCAAUUUCGCAACAAAUGAACACGACGUGCUGCAAGUCCCCAAGGCAUCGUUUGAUGCAUGCAGCAACGACAACCCUAUAGGAAGCACUAUCACCGUCGGACCGGCCAACGUGACCCUCACCUCCGCCGGGGAAAACUACUUCAUUUGCACAUUUGGCCAGCACUGCCAAUUUGGCCAAAAGUUAGCCAUUACUGUUUCUGGCUCUUCCGACUCUCCUUUGCCAGCACCUUCACCCACCAGUACUCCGACCACCCCUAACAGCCCCUGUCCUACAUCUGGUCCCACUGGCUCGACUCCUUCGGGAUCAGCACCGGACCCCAAUGGCAAUACUAAUUCUUCAUCUUCUGCUGUUUUAGCCAGUUUGUUGCUGUCCAUGUUGGCCAUUGUUAUGGGUUUAAUUGCCUAAGAUAGUGGGAGAGGAUGUCAUUCUUCUCAUUACUUCAUUUCCUUAGUGAGCAAUUGGGGGUAUAUCAUUGAAUAAAGUUGUGAUUCAUUUCAUUCGAAAAUUUUGUACUAAUAUAUAUAUUGCUUUGUUAUAAGCAUACGAUGAUCAAUAAAAGUUUUUCUUUUUAUUUUU